AUGUCAAAAUCUGAUAUCUCCGGUAGCUCGGAAGCCGAUGAGGCGCUGCCAGGUCCAGCUAAGCCAACAUUUUGGAACCGAUUCAAGGCACACAUGAAGCGGUUCUGGUGGGCUUACUUGAUCGCAUUCUGCAUCGCAGUUCUUGUCAUUAUCCUUCCUCUUUUAUAUGUCGGAAUUCCCAAUUUCGCAAACGACUAUAUCAACAAGUACGAGUACGACUACAAUGGUCUCGAAAUCACCAACCCCCGACCUACUGCCUUCCAUAUUAAACAAACACAAACUCUUGAAAUAGGGGGUGGCUUUAGUGGCAGUGGUCAUUUGGAUGCCUUCGAUGCCGAAUGCCGCCUCAAAGACACCGGCGAGCUAUUCGCGGUCUUUCCUGUCCCUAAAAUCGCAUUUGGCAACGGGGCCAGUCUCGAGAUAAACCAAGAUAUGGAUAUAUCUUGUGUCGACUGUCUGUCGCGUUUGGCCACCGCGGCUGCAUCUAACAAGAGCUCUUCUAUUCUGGUUAAGGGUUCACCGGAUCUUAAAUUCGGAGGAUUACCAACUGCUCAUUUGAAUAUUCAUAAGACCAUGAAUGUGGGAGGCUAUAAUGUUACAGACUUUAUCAACUCGGAAGGCGCCUUUAACGUCACCAAGGUAGAUCUGCUGGAUCCCCCAGUUGACGGAUAUAACUUCAAUGCCACAAUCUCCGUGCGCAAUCCGACACCCUUCAUUGUUGAGAUGGGACAUGUGUCAUUCAAUCUCAGCAUGGGUGGAGAAGAUUUGGGUUGGGUUGAACUACCAUACCUGAAGCUAGAGAAGACUAUCAGCAGCGCCGUGGUGCUCGGCUCGAUUGACAAAAAGAUGUUGAUCCACGGAGCAGUCCAGAGUGACGAUUUCGGCGUUGUGACGAUCGACGUUAAGGGUAACAGCUGUUCCUUCAAGGGCGUUGACAUCCCUUACUUCUCAGCCGCCAUCAAAGCUGUCUCUGCGUCUGCAACACUCGAUCUACUGAAAUAUGCAUCAAGCUUAUUUUGA